AUGAACCCAAGUGUUAGAGAGUUCUGGCUCCAGUCCGGUCCGGUCAAAAAACAGGAGACGCUCCACUCUUCAAGAACGGAGAAAAUAAAGGAUCUCCGGACUACAGUGAUGAGGGAACCAGUGUAUCUGAUUGAGGCGACUCAACAAAGAUUGCACAAUUCAACCGCCCUCGGUUAUGUCCAGUCUGACCAGGCAGUUUCUACAGUGAUGAUGGAGGAACCAGUGUGUCGGAUUAAGAACGACAUCGCUCGUGUGUUUGAGCCCCUGGAGGAGGCUUUGAGUCAUGGAUCCUAUAUUCACCCAGGAGGUUACAAAGACUUCCAUGACGACCUACAGAAGCUAACCAAGCAAUACAGAACAGAGAGAGGCAGAGGAGUUAUGAGUGAGGAACUAUUGAGAGAAUAUCUGGACGAGAAGGCUAGAGUGGGGAACACUAUCCUCUUGGUCGACCAGACUCUCAGCAAAGAAGAACACAAAAGUGAAGUGGAGAGGGUAAAGGCAAGGAGGCAGCAGAACAGGCUCGGAGAGCGGCAGAAGAGCAGAUUCAGAUUCAGCAACAGCUGAUGGAAAAGAUUGCAAAAGAACGAGAGAUCAACAAACAGGAAUAUAAACAAGUGCUGGAUGCCAGACUUAAGGAGCUGAAGGACCUAACGGAUAAAGGCUUUAAGGAAAUAGGGGAUAUACAUGAAGAAACAAAAACGGCAUUCAAAGUAACGAUAAUCCAACUUCUCAAAAUAAUGUCUCCAAAAUGCUAGGAUGGAGU